AAAAUUCAUAGAGUAAUGGCUUUCUCACAGGCGCCCUGGUUGGCUCCUUAUAUUAAUUUUAAUACAAAAAUGAGGCAGCAGGCCACUUCAGAGUUUCAAAAAAACCUCUGGAAGUUGAAAAAUAAUUCCGUCUUCGGAAAAACCUGUGAAAAUGUAAAGAAAAGACGAUCUGUGUCUUUUACUAGAGAAAAAUCAAAAUUUUUAAAAUUGGUUCGAUCACCUUUAUUUCAUAGUUUUGAGAUUUUAGAACAUGAUAUGAUUAUUGUUGAACGUCAUAAGCCAAAUGUUGUGCUCAAUCGUCCACUGUAUGUCGGUGCAGUCGUAUUGGAUGUAUCUAAACAAAUUAUGUUCAACUUUCACUAUAAUGCAAUUAAAAAAAUGUAUAAGGACAAAGUUACCAUGUGCGCGAGUGAUACAGACAGCCUUUUUUAUCAUAUUGAAACUGAUGAUGUUUAUAAAGAUAUGCAGGGUAUGUCAAAGUGGUUGGAUACUUCAGAUUAUCCUCUAGACCACCCUCUAUAUAGUUUAAAAAAUAAGAAAGUGAUGGGGUUGUUUAAAGAUGAGAAUAACGGUAAGAUAAUGACGAGUUUUAUCGGUUUGCGUGCAAAAAUGUAUACAUUUUCAACUGUAGAUGGGAAAACCAAAUGUGUUGGAAAAGGUGUCCCACGUCAAGCCUUAAAACAACAACUUAGUUUCAAGGAUUAUUAUAAGUGCAUUGUUGAAAAAAAGAACAAAAAUGUUAGUUUUAAAAAAAUAAGUUCUGAUCGUAAGCACAACUUGUUUACAACUUUUUCAACAAAAAAAGGGCUUAGUUGUUUUGAUGACAAAAGAUAUAUUGAAUCAUGUAAUGUGAAAACUAAAGCAUAUGGUCAUUUUUCAAUAAGGGAUGAUGGAGAGAGGAAUAUAUCAGAACUAGUAGAGUUAUUAGAUGAGCUGUGA